GAGGGCUGUUCAAGAAGCAGUGGUCUUACUCGUUGUUUUCCAAGUUAUUUGCUCUUUUACGAGUACAGUCAGCUCCCAGACUUCACUGGCAGUGAAGUUCUGUUCCCUCCGUUCUGAAAUUUCUCAGGUGGAUUGGCAGAAAGUAGAACAAUCUACUUUAUUUUCUUUGUCUUCUGGGCAAGGCCAGCCAUCUCAGGAGACCGUAGUUCGCGUUUGCCACAAUGCUACUCAUCUGUUUAUCCGUUAUGAUUGCGAAGACAAUAACGUAUCCAUCAUCUACCAAUCAUGCAAUGACCCUGUUUGGCAAGCAGAUGCAGUAGAACUAAUGAUUGGUCGUGGCUCGGAUUCGGACUACCCUCGCUACUAUCAUGAGUUGGAUUUAGGACCACACCCUGCUCUAUUUGCAGCCACAAUCAGCAAUCCUAAUGACAACUGUACAGAAAUACAAGAUUAUUAUCUUCAAUGCAAUACAUUGGGCAUGGCUUGGGAGGCUCAUCAAGGCAAUACAUUGCUGAACAAAGAUGGCUGGUGGGCAGUAAUGAUAAUCUCGUUUGACUUUCUCGCUAGUGUUCCUGCACAAAGUGAUUCAUUAAGACAAAGCCAUCAUGAGAUUCGAUCAAACCGAGGUACAUACUUAGCCACAACCUGGAGAGCAAAUUUCUACAGAGUCGACAGUCCUAAGGACUCUGGUAGACUUGAAUACAGUUCUUGGCAGCCUACAGACAUGGUUCCCCCCUGCUUUCAUGUACCGUCAAAGUUUGGAGUCCUGAACAUCACCAAUUAAGAGCACGUAGAGUGACAGAGAUCUUUUGUCUGUGUACUCGUAAAUAUACAAUAUUAUCAGUUGCAGUUUCUACAUAAUUCAUCCAUUCUUUAGUAACUUAUUAAUUAACUGUGUCUUUAAACUUAGUAAGCA